AUGGCCUCGUCCUUAGGGACCUACAAGACCCAGCUGUACGACCCUCCUAUGGAAAAGUACCAGCCGUCCCCGCAGUGGAUCAAAUUGUUCAUGUUGGUAAAGGACCCCAAGAACAAGAACCUCCUGGCUCAUCAGUAUGGCCCUCAGGGCAGCUUCAACUUCACCUCCCAGGCUCCUGGAGAGCACCAGGUCUGCAUGCACCUGGAGUCUGUCCGCUUCUCCCUGUCCAGUGAAGACAAGCUGCUGAGUGCCAUUCACUUGGACAUGCAGUUGGGUGAACACACCGACGAUGACGUGGAGUUUGCCACCAAGGACAAGCUGAGCCAGCUGCAUCUGCGUGUGCGGCAGCUGGUGGAACAGGUGGCACAGAUACAGAAGGAGCAGGAGUACCAGCGGUGGCGAGAGGAGCGCUUCCUGCAGACCAGCGAGAGCACCAACCAGCAGCUGCUGUGGUGGUCCAUUCUGCAGACCCUCAUCCUCGUGGCCGUCGGCGUCUGGCAGAUGCGGCACCUCAAGAGCUUCUUUGAAGCCAAGAAGCUGGUGUAG